AUGGAUAAAGGAUGCAAACUGAUACAGGAGUAUCUUUCGUUAUCACAAAAAAUUAAAAAAAUCAAAAAAAAGUCUGCUGAAACUAUAACUUCAACGCACGCUGCGGCGAAUACCGACAUUUCUGACGGUUAUUCUGAAGAAACAACCUAUGCUCUCAUUGACGCGUAUGAAUCUACAAAUCAAGGAAUGGAGUUACUAUUGGAGAUUCUCAACAGUAGCGACACCAGCAAUACUAGCGAUACCAGAGAUACCAGCAAUACUAGUAAUUAA